AACUCUUAGAGAAAUCUCAUCCAGCACCAUCACCUCCAUCUCUCCUUCACCGGCCAUUAUCCACCUUGUGGUUCUCCCUCCCCUCGACAUCUAUCCCCUACAUCUCCCUAGCAAUGACUGCUUCCAGGUUCUUUCGACCUGCUACUCGUGUGUUGUCAGCUUCGCGGCCAGCUCCCGCCCUCCGACCUACUUUCCGAACAACUGCUGCAAUUCCGUCAUUUGCGAGGAGUAGGGGAUAUGCCGCGGCCAGCAACGCCAAGGAGAUGACAGUGCGAGAUGCGCUGAACGAGGCCAUGGCCGAGGAGAUGGAGAUGAACGACAAGGUCUUCGUGCUGGGAGAGGAGGUCGCACAGUACAACGGAGCAUACAAGGUCACGAAAGGUUUGCUCGAUCGCUUUGGCGACAGGAGAGUCAUUGACAGUCCCAUUACCGAAUCCGGAUUUGCUGGUCUCACCGUUGGUGCUGCAUUGGCUGGACUGCACCCGAUUUGCGAGUUCAUGACGUUCAACUUCGCUAUGCAAGCAAUCGACCAGAUCAUCAACUCUGCGGCGAAGACUCACUACAUGUCUGGUGGUAUCCAACCCUGCAACAUCACUUUCCGUGGUCCGAAUGGUUUCGCCGCUGGCGUCGCUGCCCAGCACUCGCAGGAUUACACUGCGUGGUAUGGCAGCAUCCCCGGGCUUAAGGUGGUAUCUCCCUACAGCUCAGAAGAUGCGAAGGGAUUAAUGAAAGCCGCGAUUCGCGACCCCAAUCCUGUCGUCGUUUUGGAGAACGAACUACUAUACGGUCUUUCAUUUCCAAUGAGCGAAGCCGCUCAGAAGGAUGAUUUUGUUCUUCCUUUUGGCAAAGCCAAGAUUGAACGCCCUGGAAAAGACCUCACGAUAGUAACCCUAUCUCGCUGCGUCGGGCAAUCACUCGUUGCUGCCGAAGAAUUGAAGAGGCGGUACGGCGUUGAGGCUGAAGUUAUCAAUCUCCGAUCAAUAAAGCCCCUCGACGUCGGAGCCAUCGUCAAGUCGGUCAAGAAGACUGGCCACAUGAUGGCAGUCGAGUCGGGGUUUCCAUCCUUUGGAGUGGGUGCGGAGCUCAUAGCCCUCACCUGCGAGUACACCUUCGAUUACCUAGACGCUCCUCCUGUCCGUGUCACUGGUGCCGAGGUGCCGACGCCGUAUGCCCAGAAGCUCGAGGAAAUGUCGUUCCCCACUGAAGAGUUGAUAGUCAACUACGCCGCUAAGCUGCUACGGGUGUAGUUGCGGCUGGCGUUGUGGCUUGAAGAUUCAUGAAUUUCUGCUUCACCCACCCUUCUGAUUUACGCUAUCCUCUUUCUUUCAAGAUGGCUGCAUGCUUUGUGAGGGCCAUUGGGACAUUUGUAAUGCUUGACUAUGUAUCAAAAGCCGAGUUUCUCUGGUGUCAGCAGGAGCAUUUACAUGUACAUGUACUUCUAAUGCUUCAGUUUCCUAGGGUUGUUUCUUGGACGUCAUUAGAGCAGAGCGGGUCAAUAAUUCGGUUUCAAAUUUUGCAUAUGACUGAUAUCAAGAUUUGCAGAGUGAGGUUCAUCACCGAUCAAUUCC